AUGGAAGUGGCCAACUCCCGCGGGCUCUGCUUGCUCGCGGAGGCGGCCCAAAGGUUCAGCGGCGAGUCGAGAGAGGCAACCACGGGCAGAGAGGACAACAAACCUUCCUCUGAUGCCGCCGCCGCCGCCGCCGCUGCCGUGGGAACGACUCCCGGGGAGCGCGCCGGAAGCGUCUCGCAGACGGCGCCGGAAGCCGGGGGUCGGCGCCGGAGUAGCAUGACGCAAGACGAGCAAGCCACGCGAACCGCUGCAGAGAAAGCGGCGGGCCUCAUCGCGGCCGGGUGCAAGGCGGGAGACUUGGGUGCUCACCCGACGCAAAAGAUGAACGGUGCCAUGCUUGAGGGCCUAGCGUGGUCGCUCGCUGGGCAGGGAAGCGCCGAAGGGGCAAGUUUGCUGUUUCGGGGUUUUGUUGUGGGUAGGCGUGGCGAGAUCGGAGAGCGUGCUGCGGCGAUGAAAAGAGCGGAGAGGGGCCUAGAGAAAUUCCUCGAUAGCGAGCACAGACGACCCUCGGUGGCGGCUUCGGCGGCCGGCGUCGCCAAGCGGUCGGCGAGCUCGGCGGACGACGUUCCCCUCUCGGCGCGAGCCCAGGAAGCCGUCGGCGUCAGCGUCCCCGCCGGCAGCGAGAACAGCGACCAGAUUACGGCACUCCAACUCGGCGUUCUGGGCACCCAAGGGCUGGUCGCGAGGGGAGGAUUCGGGAUGGGAGCCGCGUUCUCCACCAGCGCGGUGGCAAUGGGCUCCGUCUCGGCGAAGGCACGGGCGGCGGUGGUGGGGGACGCGGCGGGCGCGCUGGCCGUUGUGGCGGCCGCCCGAACGGCUGCCAAGGCGGCGAACGCCGGGUGGGCGGAGGCUGGGUCGCUCGCCAAGAAGCAGCUGACGUACGCGACGAAGGCGAGUUGA